AUGGAGCCGCGGGCCGGCUGCCGGCUGCCCGUGCGGGUGGAGCAGGUCGUCAACGGCGCGCUGCUGGUCACCGCGAGCUGCGGCGAGCGCAGCUUCGCCGGGAUCUUGCUGGACUGCACAAAAAAGUCCGGCCUCUUCGGCCUGCCCCCGUUGGCUCCGCUGACCCAGGCCCAGGACGCCCCUGUCAACGGCUGCCACGGCCCGGCCCCCGCGGAGGGAGACGCGGAGGCCAUGCCCUUGGGGACGGGCCCCCCGGGGCCUGCCGGCGGGGACGGGCCCCCCGAGCCGCCCCCGCCCCUGGUCCCGCCGCUGCCCGCCGGAAGCCUGCCCCCGUUCCCGCCCUACUUCGAAGGCGCCCCCUUCCCGCCCCCGCUCUGGCUGAGGAACACCUACCGGCAGUGGGUGCCGCAGCCGCCGCCCCGGGGCGUCAAGAGGACCCGCCGGCGCCUGUCCCGCAACCGCGACCCCGGCCGCCUGGCCCUGAGCCCCAUCCGCCUGCGGCCGCGCCAAGUGCUGUGCGAGAAGUGCAAAAGCACCCAGAGCCCCCCGGAGGCCAGCCCCGGGCCCCCCGCCGCCCCCCGGCCGCGCAGGGAGCCCCGCAAGCCCGAGGACGCCGACGGAGGAGGCGACGCGGCCGCCUCCAAGAGGAGCAGGCGCGAGCGGCGGGAGGAGGCGCGGGCGGGGGUGCCGCGGAGCCCGGCCAUCAAGAUCUCCUACAGCACGCCCCAGGGCACCGGGGAGGUGGUGGAGAUCCCCCCCCGCGUGCACGGCUCCCUGGAGCCCUUCUGUCCACCCCCGGCCUCGCCCGGAGGCCCGGACCCUGAGCCUCCCAGGGACCGGCCGGCCGCCGGCGCCCCUGCCUCCAUCCCCAAGCUGAAGCUGACGCGGCCCCUGCCCCCCGGGGCCUCCCCGCCGCCCCCCAAGAUCCGCCUGAAGCCGCGCCGCCUGGGGGCUGGCGAGCAGGAGCCCGUCUACAGGGCCGAGCUGGUGCAGGAACUCAAGGGCCGAGGGCCCCCGGCCGACGGCGCCGCCCACCACGGCGGGCUGGUGGACUCGCCCUCCGCGAGCUCUGGCGAGGAUGACGACUGCAAGGGGUGUCCCCGGAGUGCCCAUGGGCCCGACAACGCCGGGCUGGCUUUCCUGGCUGCCUGCCCCGGGAGAAGCGGCUGCACCGGCGAGCUAGCGUGGAGCGACAGCCUGGACGAGUCCAGGUCGUCCGGCUCGGACGCGACGUUGCCAGACGCCUGCGACCUCUCGCCCGGCGGUGGCGUGCCCUCUUCCUCCAAGGGCACGAGGCCCACGGUCCCACCCCUGACGGUCAGGCUGCACACACAGAGCGUCUCCAAGUGCGUUACUGAAGACGGGAGGACCGUGGCCGUAGGGGACAUCGUGUGGGGUCACCAACGCUGAGGGAAGGUCUGUCUUCCCGCAGCUCCUGACUGCGCGGGCGUCCUUCACACCCCCGCCCCACCCGAGGAUGCGGCGAGCCUUCUGGUUGGCUGUAUGCGGAGACCCGGCCCUGGGGUCAGCCAGUUUCGGACCUCUGCAGGGAGCCGGUGGGUCUGCCCGUGAGGACUGACCCCCACCAGGCGCACAGCGGCUCCUCUUAGCCAAAUGUAUUUAUUCCCACCACACAGACUCAAGCUUUUCUGGUUCCUCAAAGGCCAGAGUCCAGCAGGGAGGGCAGCCCCGCCAGGGCAGAGUGCCCGGCACCUCCCUGCCGGCCUGGGCGCGAGCAGCUGCACGUGGUGGGCUGCCGCCGCCCGCCGCAAACCCUGACCUGCCCGGGGCUCCCGUCACGCCGGGCGCACGGCCCCUGCCCGUCCCAGGCUGCCGCUCUGCAGUCAGACCGCAACGUGAA